GUCACGAAAGCUUCGGUGAGAAUCCGGAUUUCUCAACCCUGCGUUGAUAAGGACGCGCCCUAGAAAACAAAGCGUCAAUUUCCAGCCACAGCCGGAACCGAUCCUGAAGCUCUGGGGAUUUGCGGGGAUGAUCUCGCCAUCUGUGAAGAACUGUAUUUUGAUUGGUGCGACGAUGACGGCGUAGGACUGCAAUUCGGUAUUACACUACGCAGAUCACGCAUUGUCCCCCAGGAAUGGACCUACAUUCUCGGAUCCGAGCCACAAAUUCCCCCGCUACCUCAUCGGAUCCGAAGCAAUGUGCGGGGAAUUCCGUACAACUAAGUGUUGGUUAUAAGCGUGAAGCGAUUAUAUAGACCAAGGUCAACAACUUCUUUUGACACAGCGGUCUACAAGACUAAGUGGACUUGAUUGUUUUUCUUUUCUUUUCUGAUUUAUGCACCAAGUUUAAUACUGUCAACAUGACUCACGCUUCUAGCCUAAGAGAUUCCGAUAACAACACCACCACUUAUGUUUCUAACGAGAAGUUUUCCGACAUACAAAAGCAGGACGUCGAGCAAGCAAGCGAUGUAUUCCAUAACAUUGACGAGAAAAAGGUCUUACGAAAAAUGGAUCUGCGUCUCCUUCCCAUGUUGUCCAUCUUGUAUCUGUUGUGUUUCCUUGAUAGAGGUAACAUUGGAAACGCCAAAAUAGAGGGUCUUCCCGAAGAACUAGGGCUAGUAGGCCCCCAGUAUAAUCUCUGCCUCACCGUCUUUUUUUUUACCUAUGCGGCUUUUGAAGUCCCGUCGAAUCUUCUUUUGAAACGUCUGCGGCCAUCUAUAUGGCUUCCUUCGAUCAUGGUAGCGUGGGGGGUUGUCAUGACACUGAUGGGAGUUGUGCAAAAUUACGCUGGAUUAUUGACUGCCAGGAUCUUUCUCGGGGUGGCUGAAGCCGGUCUUUAUCCUGGAGUCGCCUUCUACAUCACCAUGUGGUACUGUCGCCAUGAGGCCCAAUAUCGCCAAGCACUGUUUUUUAGCUCAGCUAGUAUUGCCGGUGCUUUCUCCGGUUUGUUGGCGUAUGCAAUUGCUAAGAUGAACGGUGUCGGAGGAUACUCCGGCUGGCGAUGGAUUUUCAUACUUGAAGGCCUGGCCACCGUCGUUGUGGGUUUCAUCUCUUUCUUCGUGAUCCAUGAUUUUCCCGAAACCGCCUCUUUCUUGACGAAGGAUGAAAGGGAAUGGGUUGUGGCUCGCCUAAGAAACCAAAAUACAGAUAGCCGUGGCAGACAGUUGGUAGAUGAGGAGACGUUCUCUUGGAAAUAUGUGCGAGACGCAUUUACUGAUUGGCAGGUUUAUUUAGCAUUGAUCAUGUACUGGGGAAUUGUAUGUCCUCUUUAUGGAAUAUCUUUCUUUCUACCUACUAUUAUCAAAGAUCUGGGUUAUUCCUCUUCUACAGCCCAGCUUCUGACUCUUCCAAUCUACAUCACAGCCGCUAUUGUCUCUGUCAUUGCGGCCCUCUUUUCGGACAAGGCUGGUCAAAGAUCUCCUUUCAUCUUAGGCUUCUUUCUCUGCAUCAUCGCUGGCUUUAUUAUUUGCAUAGUUUCAUCUGGUCGUGGUGUGCCUGGGGUUGUUUACUUUGGGACGUUUUUGGCUGUUGUUGGAAUUUAUCCGGCUUUUCCUGGAAAUGUUACCUGGCUUAGCAACAAUUUGGCGGGGGGAUACAAACGAGCAGCAGGAAUGGCUAUCCAUAUUGGUAUUGGAAACUUAGGUGGUGCCAUGGCUUCCAAUUUCUAUCGUACACAAGAUGCCCCAAAAUAUAUCCUUGGUCAUGCCUUGGAACUCGGAUUCGCUGUUGCAGGAACACUGGCGGUACUCAUCCUGCGCUUUUCGUACCAGCGAGUUAAUUUCAGAAGGGAGGAAGCUUUGGCAAAUGAAGACAGCACUACGGGGCCGUCCGUAGCCACUUCAAGUGAACGAGGAGAUCGAAGUCUGACGUUUCGGUAUAUGUUGUAGUUUCUCCUGAUUGCAUAGUACAUGUCUAUUCUAUGGUACCGUAUAACCAUGAGAUGGAAUGGUUUAUAUCCACUGAUAUACGAACGACAAUCAGAAUCAGAUGCUGGAAGAUAUAUCGAUGCCUGUCGUGAAUAGGAGUAUAAUCAGUGUAUAGUACAUAGUUUUACCGUGUCGUCAUGGGUUCAUUUAGUUUCAUAAGAACGUCAAAUGUGCAACUCGCUCAAACUCCCCGCAACAUCCGUUCUGCUUUUAUAGCUUCAAAUUUUCAAUUGCUUUCAUCCACUACAAAUCCUACAUGAAGUAGGUCUAGGCGACACUAAGGUUAAUGUUUAAACUAUGAUCACCAUUUGCAAAAUCCGAAACGAGAACGUCUACUCGGAUAGUCGUAGCCGCUUGAAGGCU